CGGGAGAGCUUUGAGCUUUGCACAAGGCGAAAGAGCAGGCCUUAAGGAGGCCCCACGCUAACCCACCAGCUUCCCCAGCAGCACAGAAGACUUUACAGAUUGCCACUGCCGCGACGCCGCGGUGCUUCACGCACUAGCAGGGCUAAAAGAGCUGGGUAGCAGUACAGCAAAACAAGCAAGACUCGCACGCAGCCGCGACAAGCUACGAUGUCGCGCCGCACGCGCGCCUCCGCCGCGAAGAAGAAGGAGGCGCCGCCCGCGCCCAAGAUCGAGGAACCGGUGCCGGGGCCCGCGCCGAGCCCGACGCCCGAGGAGCAGGCGCAGCCGCCCGCGCGGCCGCGGCGGCGGCGCGAGCAGUCCGAGGCCUCGGCCUUCCUCUCGAAGACCUACGCCAUGAUCAGCGCGCUCGACGGCGUCGUCGGCGGCUGGUCGAAGAACGGCGACACGAUGGUCAUCUUCGACUCGGAGAAGUUCGCGGCCGAGAUCAUCCCGCAGUACUUCAAGCACAACAACUUCCGGAGCUUCGUGCGGCAGCUGAACUUCUACGGCUUCCGGAAACUGCGCGCCGACGCGAACGCGGGCCCGGCGGCGCAGGCGCGGUGGGAGUUCAAGCACCCGAAUUUCAGGAGGGGCCGCCACGACCUGCUGGUGCUGAUCCGCCGCGCGGAGCACUACGACCACGGCGGCCCCGACGCGGCGGCGCAGCGCGCGCGGCAGGCCGAACUCGAACGGGAGGUCGCGGACCUGCGGUCCAAGGUCGCGAACCUGACGGAGACGCUCGACAAGGUCGUGGGCGUGCUGGCGUCGCAAGGUCUAGGCUUGGACGGCGAGCACCUGCCGCCCCUCAAGAAGCCGCGCUACGACCGCCAGGACUCGGAGCAGCUCUUCCUGGAGCGGCUGCCGUCUUCCGUAAGAGGCGUGGCGCCGCUCGACUUCGCGCCGCACUCGCUCGACGGCCUCGCGACCUCGCCGCGGCUCGCGGACGCGCGGGGCCUCGAGGGCCAGCCGCUGCGGCGGUUCGGCGCCGAGGCCGUGCCGGGGCCGGCGCCGGCGGAGUCGACGCCGGCGCAGCAGGCGCGGAGCCUCGAGGGGCGGCCGCUCGGGCGGCUCCCGUCGGGCGACAUCGCGCUGAACUCGUUCGAGGGCUCGCGCCUCGAGUCGCUGAUCCGGACGCUGUCGGAGGAGCGGGCGCCGGCCUAGUUUUAUGGGGCGGCCCUUGGCUAAGCUACCUAGUACUCUGA